AGCUACCACUCCAUUGAAAAACAGCCCUUGACCUUUGAAGUUAGAGAAGAAACUGAUCCAAGUGCUUCAAUUCCAGAAAGAAUAUCAUAUAUUUUCCUGUAGGCUUUUAGCAGGAUGGCACUUGUUACUUUAUAUCCAUGUGUCUAUGUCUGAUUUCUCUUUGUUUCCCCAGUGUCUAACACAGUGCCUCCUAAAUAGUAAGUAGGCUUUCCUCCAAGCAAGAAAACAACCAACAUUUUAUUCAUGACACCUGCUGUCCAGGGGGCCAUGAUAUAGUGGGAGAGACAGAUAACAGAACUAAAUAAUAAACACUUAAAAACAGUGUAGUGCUAAGUGCUGUGAGAGGUACAUAUAGUGUUCAGUGGGGACAAAAACAGAAAUGGAGAUGGAGCUUGAAUGUGUGUUCUUUUAUUUAGGUGACAUUCUGCAGACUUCGGACUCACCAGUGGUGUUUCGUUCUGUUUAAUGUUAUUCUAUUUCAUGCCUUGCUUUUUGGGGCUGAUUUUGUGGAAGAAUAUUUUCUGCAUGCUUUGCCUUAUGUAGAUAUGAAAGUUCUUGAAAUUAAGGAUAAGGCAAGAAAAUUGAACAUGGAGCCCCUAAGAAGUAAUCUUUCCAAAUACUAUAUCCUGAGCCAGUCGGAGGUGUGUAAAGGGAAGAACAUAUUUUUGCUCUCUCUUAUCUUCAGUAGCCCAGGAAAUGGAACAAGGAGGGACCUCAUCAGGAAAACCUGGGGUAAUGUGACCAGUGUCCGAGGGCAUCCCAUUCUCACACUGUUUGCUUUGGGAAUGCCUGUUUUGGUGACUGCCCAGCAAGAGAUAGACAAAGAGGCCCAAAAGAAUAAUGAUAUAAUUGAAGGAAUCUUCUUGGACAGUGCUGAGAACCAAACUCUGAAGAUUAUCACCAUGACGCAGUGGGCUGUGACUUUCUGCCCUAAUGCCCAGUUCAUUCUCAAGGUUGAUGAAGAGAUGUUUGUCAAUCUACCAAGCUUGGUAGACUACCUCCUCAAUCUGAAAGAACACCUUGAAGAUAUCUAUGUAGGACGAGUUAUCCAUCAGGAUACACCCAACAGAGACCCUAAUAGCCAAGAAUUUGUCCCUUUCAGUGAUUACCCAGAAAAGUACUACCCAGAUUACUGCAGUGGUAAGGCCUUUGUUAUGUCCCAAGAUGUGGCUCGGAUGAUGUAUGUAGUUUUCAAAGAAGUCCCCAUUAUGGUGCCUGCUGAUGUGUUUGUAGGAAUUUGUGCUAAAUCCAUUGGCUUAAUACCCAUACACAGUUCAAGGUUUUCUGGGAAAAGCCACAUCAGAUACAACAGAUGUUGCUUUAAGUUCAUUUUCACAUCCUCAGAAACGACAGAUGCUGAAAUGUCCCUGGCAUGGAAGGAAAUUAACAGUGGGAAGGAAUGUACGCUGUUUGAAACCUACUAUGGGCUCAUUUCCUGCAAACUUCUGACAUACCUUGACAGCUUUAAACUUUUUCACAUGGGUACCAUAAAAAAUAAUGUCAUGUAUUAUGGUGAUUAGGAUUUGUUUUUCUUAAAAGUGUGUUCUUUAAAAAUUACCUCCUACCUUGUUACAGAAAGUGUCCCUCCUUCCUUGUGUUUUAUGUAGUUUCUCUGAACCUUUAAUUGUACUCAGCAAGUUGCAGUGUUCUUAGUGCUCUGAUGUACUACAUUGAAUUGAGAUCUCAUUUUAAGAAAUUUAAGUUGGUGUAGCAUGAUUCUUUUCAAAAUAAUACCUUCUGUCUAGAAAAGAGAGAACAUUAAAUUUAAUUAUAACCAAGAGUCUUGUUUCUCUUUACAAUUAAUGGAUUUCUAAAAAUCACAUUCUAUGGAACUGUCAUGACUCAGUGAUAGCAGCU